AUGUCGAAAACUAAUAAAAAUCAGAAAUCAAUUACAUCAUUUUUCAAAAAUCCUGGACAAACAUCAACUAAUGAUUCAUCGGUAUCUAAACCAAAAUCAUCAUCAAUUGUUGAAACAAAAGAAAUCAAGAAAGAAAAUGAAGAAGAAAUCUUAAAAAUGCCAUCAUCUUCACCACCACCAGGACCAGCACCUGCACCAAUACCAUCAGCACAAUUAAUUCUUUCACCAAAAAAACCUACAGUUGCAGUAUGUCCAACAAUUCAACGACAACCAACAAGUGAAACUGAAUGGAUUAAUUUAUCUGAUCGAUUUUUAUUAACAAAUCGUAAUUUUGAAGUACAAUAUGCUCAUCUUUAUGCUGAACGUCUAGGAUCAUUACGUAAAAUAGUUACAAAAGCAGCUGAAAAUCGUUGGGAUAGAAAAAUUCCAAUUAAAAGAAUGAAUGAUAUUAUACCAGAUGAGGAAUGUAUUCUUGUUGGUAUUCUAUUUAAACAAAUGAUUUUAAAGCCAAGUAUUGUCAAACAAAUAGCAACUGAAAAUGGGUUUAGUUUACAACCACCUCGUAAUCGUUAUGUUGAUCCAACUGAUAAAUUAAUUCUUGAAGAAGAAACACAAAGAAUUGAACUUAAUGGUAAAAUUGAUGUCAAUCACUUUGUUACUGGUAUUGUCAUGGCAAUUCGUGGUUAUGAAGAUGAAAAAGGUGUAUUUAUUGUUAAAGAUUAUUGUUUCAAAGAUCUUUCAAUUCCAAAACAAUUAUCACCAAUAAAAGACGAUCGAUAUAUUUUAUUAGCAUCAGGUUUUCUUUUAUCGGAAACUUCGAUAAUAUUUAAUCAACUUGAAUAUCUUGUUAAUUCAUUGACACAAUCAUCAAAUAUUCAAUCAAAACAGAUACAGAAUAUUUUAAGUAAUAUUAUUCGAUUUGUUGUUGCUGGAAAUUUAAUAGAAAGUUCAAAUCGAUUGAAAGAAACGACAAAUCAAGCAAAAUAUUUAACACGAAAAAUGACAGCAAGUAGUGUUGAAGCAAUGCAUAGUAUCGAUGAAUUAUUUAAUAAAAUUGCUGCAAUUACUGAUAUUGAUAUAAUGCCUGGUGUAAAUGAUCCAAGUUGUCAUAUGUUACCACAACAACCAUUACAUCCAUGUAUGUUUCCAUCAUCAAGUAAACAAAAAUCAACUCAUUGUCUUACAAAUCCAUAUGAUUUUCAAAUUGGUGAUAUUCGUUUACUCGGUACAUCAGGACAAAAUGUUGAUGAUAUUGAUCUUCAAUCAACAAUUGACGAUCGUGUUCAGAUACUUGAAAAAUGUCUUGAUUGGGGUGUAAUUGCACCAACAUGUCCUGAUACAUUAAGUUGUUAUCCAUAUGUUAAAAAUGAUCCAUUUAUUAUUAAUGAUACACCACAUGUUUUCUUUGCAGGAAAUCAACCAAAAUUUGGAACUCGUCUUUUUAAAGGACCAAACAAUAUUGAAGUUCGUCUUAUUUGCAUUCCAUGUUUUGCACAAUCAAACUCGUGUGUUGCAUUAAAUUUAAAUACACUUGAAUGUCAUGAAAUCUCAUUUGAAAAUCAAACACCACAAAUAAUUCAAUAG